AUGGCCAAUGAUAAGAAAGGGAAGGGCUGUGGAUGGAUCAUCUAUAGUGCUAUAUUGCGUAAGAAAAUCCACAAUGUGCUGCUUUAUGGAGUUGCUGUUGAUAAGUCAGUUACAUACAGACACAAUACGAGCAAUUCCAUUUCACAACCAAAGUGA